AUGUUCAUCAGCUCCAAAGUGAUCGCUGCCCUGAUGGGGGCUUCCAUGGUCAACGCCCACAUGAUCAUGAGCAGCCCCGUCCCUUAUAGCAAGGCCAAUCUCAACAACUCGCCUCUAGAGGCAGAUGGUAGUGACUUCCCAUGCAAGCUUCGCGAUAACGCCUUCCAGGCCCCCACUACUGAGACAACCAUCGCCGUCGGUGAUUCCUACCCUCUCAGUUUCAUCGGCAGCGCCACCCACGGUGGUGGUUCCUGCCAGAUCAGUCUGACCACCGAUCUGAUUCCCACCAAGUCCUCCGAGUGGAAGGUCAUCAAGUCCUUUGAGGGUGGCUGCCCCGCCAAUGUCGACGGCAACAUGUCCGGUGGACCCGACGUCAUCAAUCCCUUCACUUUCAACUUCACCAUUCCUGAUGGUAUCUCCGCUGGCAAAUACACCCUUGCAUGGACCUGGUUCAACCGCAUCGGAAACCGCGAGAUGUACAUGAACUGCGCCCCAAUCACUGUCUCAGGUGGCGCCUCCAAGCGUUCCCCCGCGGAAAUCGAGAGACGCACUGCUAGCUUCCCGCCCAUGUUCAUCGCAAACAUCAAUGGCUGUAUGACACAGGAAGGUAUCGAUAUCCGCUUCCCUCAGCCAGGUGACUAUCUCGAGCGUGACGGUGAACCUGCCAACCUCGCUAAGGAGGGCGCCCCGGCUUGCACCGGUACCCCUACCUGGGGAGGCUCUGGUGACACCGCCUCCUCGGGCUCCUCGAGCGCUGGCCUAGACACUGGGGCCAAAUCAACUGGUUCCGCCUCCCCCAGCUCAGAAACUGGCUCUAGCACCAACUCAACUGGCUCCGCUUCAUCUGGCUCUUCCUCUGCUCCCGCAGAAAGCACACCGCCACCAGUCGCCCCAAUCCCAGCAGGUACUCCAUCAAACCCACCCACCGAGCCCAAGCCCGAGUCCUCGUCCUCCGAAGCUGCCCCAGCUCCUGUGACUACCGGCUCUGGGUCUGCCUCCAGCUCUGGUACCCUGGCGGGUGGCUGCAGCACCGAGGGCCAGUGGAACUGCAUUUCAGGCACCUCCUUCCAGCGCUGUGCUUCUGGCACCUGGUCCGCCGCCCAGCCGAUGUCGACUGGCACGCAGUGCAGCGCUGGUCAGGGCGAGGAGCUCGUUGUCACCGCCAGUAGGAAGGCGCGCCAUAUCUCGAGCAUGCGCUUCCGCAAGCGCACCCUCAGUGGUCACCAUUUCCACCUCAGUUAG